GACUUAAGUCACACUACGUACUUUUCUGUUAGUCCCCCAGUAAGAUUAGCUUAUGAUAGCAUUGAUUCCAACUCUGAUGGACAAGAUUUACCACCGCUGGUGAUAUUACACGGUCUGUUUGGAUCCAAAACAAAUUGGAGAACUUUGGCAAGGCACUUUCACAAGCAAACUGGGAGAAAGGUAACUUUCUAAAAAAUAAUUUUGUUCUCUUUGUACCUCUAAUAGUAACCAAGAUAUUUGGCAACAAAGAGGGCAAUGAAUUUAAAUCUUAUUAAGGAUAAGCGAGAUGCUGAAAAGAUGUUGAUGGAUGUUGUGCCUGUACGUUGAUUAUUUUAAACAUUGUUAAAUCAUAUACUUACGCUUCCCAAGCUGCGAAUUGACAGGGUGCAAAGAAAGUCAUUUUAACAGCUUGCCAUUUGAGCAAGCUGAAGCUAACAUUUACUAGCCCAAAAAACGUUUUGAUGAGCAGGUUGAUUUCACAGUUCUUCUGUAAUUUGAAUUUCUCAAAAAAAUUCACUUGCCCAUCGGGCAAGUUAAUAACAGAAUUCACCAGCCCGAUAGCAAAAUCCACUAGCCCCGGGCUAUCGCACACUACUUUCUUUGCAUGCUGAUUGAUUAAUUAACAAUUUACUAUCAAUAGUUGGUAGUUUAUUAUCAAAUAUGAUAUUGAAUCUCAGUUUUCCUGGUAAUAAAGUUAACUCCCUUCAUAGCGGACACUAUGGGGACCUCCAGUUAGUGUCCUCAUUAGCGAGAGUCCGUAAUAACGGGAGUUUAUUUCAGUCAAAUAUCUAUAAUAUUAUUAUUACGGAUAACUUAUUUAUUUUCGCUUUGGAUUUAGCUGCUGUCUGUAUUAUCAGGGUGUCCGCAAGGCAAGAGUUGACUGUAUCACUUGCUUCAAAUUGUGCGUUGUAUGGACUGUGUUAGGUCAAACAAGAGAUGCAGUGUUUGUAUCUGAUAUCCAGACACAAAGAAGUGGAUAAAAAUAAUAAGAAACAACCAAGUUUGUUUAACCCAACUGUGAGGUGUUUAGAUUAUUAUAUCAGAUUUAUUAACUCUGUGUUUAGUGUUUGAUAUAACUUUCCACAUGAGUAAACUGGAAUUGAAAUUUUACACUUUGCAGAAAUUUUCUAAUAAUAUGGUAAUAAUUAAGGUAUUAUUUCCAAACCUCACAAAAUCAACUUCUAUACCAUAAAUCAUUAUUGAGUUCGAAAAUAGAGUGUCCCCAAUUCAAUUGUCAGUGAGUAUGGAGGGUGGGGGGAGGUUCAGAGCCAUCUUAAAACACUCACCAGUAAAAAAUCUUUUUUCACAAAUUAUUUGCAGUUAGUCAUGACCAUGAGAUCAAUAUCGGCCAACAGCAGAGAGAGUCAUUCUAAAGUCAGUUUUUUAAUUUGUCAAGCCUUUUGCAUGUAAACACUUGAAUGUCAUGUCAAUCUCAAUGGGCUUUUUGUGUUGCAGAACUCAUUUUUGAGAUCAUUUUUCUUGACAAAUCUUGUGAAGACAGAAACUGGAUUUAGAUGGAGAAUCAAUCUAGAAGCUUUGGAAAACAACCUCCCAGAAGUGUCCAGUUUCCCAACAGAUUUCCCACAUCAACACUUUGAUGGAAAAGCUCUUUUUAUUGGGGGUGCUAGAUCAGACUAUGUCCGGUAA